AUGGCCAGCGAUGCCAAAGAAGCCAAACAUGGAUCAACCCUACACAAUGAUGAGGAGCUCCGGAUUGUGAUGGUGGGGAAGACCGGAGUUGGGAAGAGCGCCACAGGAAACACCAUCCUGGGAAAACAGAUCUUUAAAUCAGAGUUCUCUCCUAAAUCUUUGACUGAACAGUGUGCUAAGGCCUUUGCUGAGGUGGAUGGACAAAUGAUUGCUGUUAUUGACACUCCGGGUCUGUUUGACACCAGGAUUGAUGAAGAACAGAACAGUAAAGAUUUUGCCCAGUGCAUUUCUUUUGCUUCUCCUGGACCCCAUGUCUUCCUGGUCGUCAUCAAACUGGGCAGAUACACCGAGGAAGAAAAGAACACUGCGCUCAAGAUUUGGGAGAUCUUCGGCAAGGAAGCAGACAAAUACAGCAUGGUUCUCUUUACCCACGGUGACCUGCUCAAAGGGAAUCCUAUUGAGGAGUUCUUGAAAGACAGCGAAGACCUGCAGGAACUCGUGGCCAGAUGUAACGGCCAGUACCACGUCUUCAAUAACGACCUGGAGGAUCGUUCUCAGGUCAGCGAGCUGCUCAACAAGAUCAGGAAUAUAACAGAGAAGAACGGAGGAAGCCAUUACACCACUGAAAUGUUUCAGAAGGCAGAGAAGGCAAACAAAGACAAGAAAAGACAAAUCCAGAGGGAGAAAAAAGAGCAAAUGCGCAAAGAACAGGAGAGACUUGAGAAGAUAAUACGGGGAACAAUGACAGCACCUCCAGUCUCUCUCCUGUGGUGUCCCCGCCUUCAGAUCUCUUUUCCCAGAUGCCUAGCCCCCCAAAUCUCUCUCCUGGGUCCCUUUCCCUUUAGGUACCACUUAUGCCAUUAUAACAGACCCCUGAUGGUCGGAGGAUGUAUUGUAUUUUCUUUUGGAGGUCAAUAUAGACACAUAUCUAAGAUCUAA